AUGCGCCUUCGUCCUACUUGUGUGCCAUUGAUGGCAAUGGUGCUGUUCUUUAGUCUUGCCAGUGCCGUGGCACCCGUAGUCGAUGUAUCAUACAGCAAAUACAGGGGAAAAGACCUUGGAAACGGUGUCACUCACUGGCUCGGAAUGCGUUACGCUGCACCUCCUCUGGGUGAUCUCAGAUUCAUGCCUCCCCAAGACCCAGUCAGGAGUCGUCAGACAAAGAACGCAAACAAGUUUAGGCUCAAAUGCGUUUCCCAGAGCGCAAAAGCUCGAUUCAUUGGAAAGUCACAGUCUGAAGAUUGCUUGUUCCUCAACGUGUUUGCGCCGUCAAACGCUUCCAGGCACGCCAAGCUCCCUGUCUUCGUCUACAUUCAAGGCGGAGGCUUUAACGAUAACUCUAGACCCAAGAUAAACGGAGCAGAUCUGAUCAGGGCCUCGGAUAUGAAAAUGGUCGUCGUGACUCUGAAUUAUCGUGUAUCAGUUCUAGGCUUUUUGUCAUAUGGUGAUAAGGUGCAACCAAACAAUGGCCUCCUCGACCAAAGAAAGGCCCUUGAGUGGGUACAGAAGUAUAUCUCAAGAUUUGGAGGCAACCCACGACACGUUGUUCUUGGGGGUAGUUCCUCUGGGGGAGCGAGCGUGGCCUUUCAUCUCGCAGCAUACGGAGGCAGAGAUGACAAGUUGUUCCACGCUUCUGCAGCCGAGUCAAUAUCUGCUUCACCUGUCAAAACAGUGGAACAAGCGUCGUAUCAAGCCGAAAGCUUUAUCGAGAAGGUCGGUUGUUCCUCCCAAGAUGCCAUUGCCUGCAUGCGAGCCAAGACUAUCGCCGAAAUCAUAGCCGCCAAUAUCAAGGUCCCAUACCCUGGAGGCACGCGGCUACCAAUCGGCAUGUGGGGUCCUGUUAUCGACGGAGAUUUCGUACGAGAUGCUCUCUGGAACUCGUUCGACCAAGGGAAGUUCAUCAAGGUCCCUUCUAUCAUCGGUGCCACAACCAACGAGGGUCGAGCAUUUGCACCAGCUGCCUCCUCGAAAACAGAAGUCGAGGAUUUUUUCAAGGCCGAGUUCCCGCUUCUUGAGUCAGCUCAUGUUACUCAGAUUACGGCAUUGUACCCUGGCUUGAUAGAUACAUGCUCGAAAGCUGGCUGUCUCAAAGGACCCCUCAGCGAUGCGUAUGGCGAUAUGAGAUUCCAAUGCUCAGGCAUCUCGUUGUCAGAAUCAAUCUCCCGCUGGAUGCCAAAGAAAACCUGGAACUACUGGUAUAACGUCGAGGAUCCAGGCUUUAUCGCUCAGGGGAGAGGGGUACCUCAUUGUGACGAGGCUCAUGCAAUAUGGGGGCCUGGCAAUGGAGGCUCAGGGGCACCCCGAAGCUACUUCCCUGGUGGGAUCAAUGCUAAUGCAGUCAACGUCGUUCAAGG